AGAACCGCUUUGGGCUGGUGGUCAGCCGGAAGGCUCGCAUCCAGGCUGCAACCAUGUCGGACUUCCACGUGCACCCCCAGGCCACCGUGGGCGAGGAGGGUGGUGUGGCCCGCUUCCAGUGCCAAAUCCACGGGCUUCCCAAACCCCUGAUCACAUGGGAAAAGAACAGAGUCCCCAUUGACACAGACAAUGAAAGGUACACAUUGCUGCCCAAAGGGGUCCUGCAGAUCACAGGACUUCGGGCUGAGGACAGCGGUGUCUUCCACUGUGUGGCCUCGAAUAUUGCCAGUGUCCGGGUCAGCCACGGGGCCAGGCUCACUGUGUCAGGCUCAGGCUCUGGGGCUUACAAGGAGCCGAUGAUCCUCGUGGGGCCUGAGAACCUCACCCUGACGGUGCACCAGACUGCGGUCCUGGAGUGUGUCGCCACGGGCAACCCACGCCCCAUCGUGUCCUGGAGCCGCCUGGAUGGCCGCCCCAUUGGAGUGGAAGGCAUUCAGGUGCUGGGCACCGGGAACCUUAUCAUCUCAGACGUGACCGUGCAGCACUCAGGGGUCUACGUCUGUGCCGCCAACAGACCGGGCACCCGGGUUCGGAGAACAGCGCAGGGCCGGCUGGUGGUGCAGGCCCCAGCAGAGUUUGUCCAGCAUCCCCAGUCCAUCUCCAGGCCAGCUGGGACCACAGCCAUGUUCACCUGCCAAGCCCAGGGUGAGCCACCCCCUCACGUCACGUGGCUGAAGAACGGCCAGGUGCUGGGGCCAGGAGGCCACGUAAGGCUCAAGAAUAACAACAGCACCCUGACCAUUUCUGGAAUUGGCCCUGAAGACGAGGCCAUCUACCAGUGUGUGGCUGAGAACAGUGCUGGCUCCUCACAGGCCAGUGCCAGGCUGACGGUGCUGUGGGCCGAGGGGCUUCCUGGACCCCCCCUGAACGUGCAGGCAGUUUCUGUGUCAUCCACCGAGGUCCGCGUGUCCUGGAGCGAGCCCCUGGUCAACACCAAGGAGAUCAUCGGCUACGUGCUGCACAUUAGGAAGGCUGCCGACCCACCAGAGCUGGAGUAUCAGGAAGCAGUUAGCAAGACCACCUUUCAGCACCUGGUGAGCGACCUUGAGCCCUCCACUGCCUACAGCUUCUACAUCAAGGCCUACACCCCGAGAGGGGCCAGCUCAGCCUCUGUCCCUACAAUUGCCAGCACCCUAGGAGAAGCUCCGGCCCCACCCCCAUUGUCAGUGCGGGUCUUGGGCAGCUCCACCCUGCAGCUGCUGUGGGAGCCCUGGCCCCGGCUGGCCCAGCAUGAAGGUGGCUUCAAGCUGUUCUAUCGCCCAGCAAGCAAGGCCUCCUUCACUGGCCCCAUUCUGCUGCCUGGAACUGUCUCAUCCUACAACCUCAGCCAGCUCGACCCCACUGCAGUGUAUGAGGUGAAACUGCUCGCCUACAACCAGCAUGGGGAUGGCAACGCCACAGUCCGCUUUGUGUCUCUGAGGGGAGCAUCUGAGAGGACAGCCCUGAGCCCACCAUGUGACUGCCGGAAGGAAGAAGCCACCAACCAGACAUCCACCACAGGCAUUGUCAUUGGCAUCCACAUUGGGGUCACCUGCAUCAUCUUCUGUGUCCUCUUCCUCCUGUUUGGCCAAAGGGGCAGGGUCCUCUUGUGUAAGGAUGUGGACAUGAAGGAACUGGAGCAAUUGUUCCCCACCACUGGGGCAGCAGAGCAGCCAGACCCCAGGACUAAUGACCCUGUAGCCCCCACCCCACGCGAGGAGACCCAGCCCUCGAUGCUGCCAGUUCUGGGGAUUGACCUUCUGGAGGAGACAACUUUGGAGACCAGGGACUCCUGUACAGACCCGGUGGCUGCCCUGCCACCCCAGGAUAUAAAUCCCAGCCUCCUGAUUGAAGGACAGGCCCCCCAGCCUUCCACCGCACCAGCUGCCCAGCCAGCUGGCUUGGGACAGUAGCCAGUGUCUGGCUGGCACUGGAGGGGGGCAGUACCCCAUUCUCAGGUCAAAGGCAAGAUUUCUCCUGUUAUGUGAGCUUCAGAUGGGGCCUCCCCAGUAUUUCCUACCCAACAGCCCCUCAGGUUAUCAAGACCUAAAGAUACCUUGUCAGGGAACCAGCCCCCUAAGGACCUCGGGGGGGUCCCUGCAGGAGCCCCUUCCCUGGGUUAGUGCCCUCCUCCCUCUGCCUGACUUUCCAUGCCUUGGAACUGAACUGUUUUUCUGUAACAACAAACAAAACUUAAAAUGUUCCCCCCACUUCCCAAAAAAGAGCGAGAGAGAGGAAGGUGGAUUAGAUUCCAAAAAUAUGUCCCUAUUAUGACUGGGCCCCGACACUGUCACCCUGCACCGACCUUGUUUUCUCAGGAUGGAUUUUGCUGUUUUGGCGCUCAGCACCUACCUCAGCCGGAAUGAAUGUCCGUGGGGGAGUGGGCCGCAGUCUCAGCCCCUGCCCCCAGAGCCCUGACUGCACUCCUACCUCAAGUCCCUUUAUGGGCGCCUCCUCUUCCUCCCCACAUUGUUGUCCAGAGUUUUAAAAAAAAGCAAAAAAAAAAAA